AUAAAGCGGCGGGUAGCUGUCACCCCGCUAGCAGGCUGCGCAGCGCCCAGGCCGAGCCGGUGCGCCGAAGACUCGGGCGCGUCGGGCAGGGGAGCGCGGAGGAGCCAUGGCCACCACUAACGGGGCCGUGGAAAACGGGCAACCGGACAAGAAGCCGCCUGCCCUGCCGCGCCCCAUCCGCAACCUGGAGGUCAAGUUCACCAAGAUAUUUAUCAACAACGAAUGGCAUGAAUCCAAGAGUGGAAAAAAGUUUGCCACGUAUAACCCUUCAACUCUAGAGAAAAUAUGUGAUGUGGAAGAAGGAGAUAAGCCCGACGUGGACAAGGCCGUGGAGGCUGCACAGGCCGCCUUCCAGAGGGGCUCAGCGUGGCGCCAGCUGGAUGCCCUGAGCCGCGGCCGCCUGCUGCACCAGCUGGCCGACCUCGUUGAGAGGGACCGCACCAUCCUGGCCACCCUGGAGACAAUGGACACGGGGAAGCCUUUCCUUCACGCCUUUUUCAUCGACCUGGAGGGCUGUAUUAAAACCCUCAGAUACUUUGCCGGUUGGGCAGACAAAAUCCAGGGCAAGACCAUCCCCACAGAUGACAAUGUUGUGUGCUUCACCAGGCACGAGCCCAUCGGCGUGUGCGGGGCCAUCACUCCAUGGAACUUCCCCCUGCUGAUGCUGGUGUGGAAGCUGGCGCCCGCCCUCUGCUGUGGGAACACCGUGGUCCUGAAGCCCGCGGAGCAGACGCCCCUGACCGCCCUGCAUCUCGGCUCUCUGAUCAAAGAGGUUGGGUUCCCUCCGGGUGUAGUGAACAUCGUGCCAGGAUUUGGGCCCACAGUGGGAGCAGCAAUUUCUUCUCACCCUCAGAUCCACAAGAUCGCCUUCACCGGCUCCACAGAGGUGGGAAAGCUGGUUAAGGAAGCCGCCUCCCGGAGCAACCUGAAGAGGGUGACGCUGGAGCUGGGGGGCAAGAACCCGUGUAUUGUGUGUGCUGAUGCCGACCUGGACUUGGCAGUGGAGUGUGCCCAUCAGGGAGUGUUCUUCAACCAAGGCCAAUGCUGCACGGCUGCCUCCAGGGUGUUCGUGGAGGAGCAGAUCUAUGCCGAGUUUGUCAGGCGGAGCGUGGAGUAUGCCAAGAAAAGGCCCGUGGGAGACCCCUUUGAUGUGAGGACCGAACAAGGACCCCAGAUUGAUCAAAAGCAGUUCGACAAAAUCCUCGAGCUGAUCGAGAGUGGGAAGAAGGAAGGGGCCAAGCUGGAAUGUGGGGGCUCCGCCAUGGAAGACAGGGGGCUCUUCAUCACACCCACUGUCUUCUCAGAAGUGACCGACAACAUGCGAAUUGCCAAAGAGGAGAUUUUCGGACCAGUGCAACCAAUACUGAAGUUCAAAAAUAUCGAGGAAGUGAUAAAAAGAGCAAAUAGCACUGACUAUGGACUCACCGCAGCCGUGUUCACAAAAAACCUCGACAAAGCCCUGAAGUUGGCUUCUGCAUUGGAGUCUGGCACGGUCUGGAUCAACUGCUACAACGCCAUCUACGCACAGGCUCCAUUUGGUGGCUUUAAAAUGUCGGGAAAUGGCAGAGAACUAGGUGAAUAUGCUUUGGCCGAAUACACCGAAGUGAAAACGGUCACCAUCAAACUCGGCGACAAGAACCCUUGAAGGAAUGGGGCCUUUCUCCUCGAACAUUGGACAGCUGAAUGUGACAGAGCAAACCUGCCGAAGAAAAAAUUACAUUUCUGACCUUCUUGGGAUACUUUAUUCUGGAGGCUUUAAAUCUACUGGAGUUGAAUGAUUUUUUAUUUCCUUUUAUGCUCAUGUUUAUUGACCAAACUGUGGAUGCCCAUAUGUUGUGUGCAAAAUUGCAGUCCUGCCUGGGGAGGGAGCUGUUGGCCAUUUCUGUUUGUCCCUUUAGACCAGGUCCAGGAGACAGUGAAGAUACUCAGGGCUCUGUUAAUAGGAAGUGGUAUUUGAAGUGUCCAGCACUUACUUAAAAAUGCUUUGUUGAAUCUAACUCCAGUAAGAAUUUGGAAAAAACUCCCUGUGUGUUCUGCAAGCAGGGCCCUGUACCUGUGGUCUCCUCAGGGUUACCUGCUCAUAGAACAUUCCCCUCCGCUUUCUGAGGUAGAGGUGGGACCAUUCAGUGAGAAAGGAUUAGCAUUAAGUUAAAAAAAAAAAAAAAAAGUCUUUCCUAGUGGGAAGAUUUUGGGAAAUGCAUACCCUGGAAAGGUACCAGAGGCCUGGGGCAUGCCCAGGUAUGGGUCCUCAAGGACUGUGUAUUGACGUCGCCAUGGGAUUCAGCUUAAAACCAAUGCUGCCUUUGGAAAAUGACUGGAUCAACAGCCCAAAGAGCUUGCUCAAAAACUAUGUCAUGGUCUACCUUAACCAAGGCAUUUUGCUUAGGCAUAAAACAUGAUUAGUAUUACCUUUGCUGCUAAGGAUCCAACGUUCUAACACUACAACAGCGUAGCAAAUCCUAGGAUAAUGAAGUUUGACCUUUGACAUUUGACAAAUCAGAACCAUAAUUCACUUUUACAAAUUGUGCAUUUCUACCCUAUUCACAAAUGGUUUAUGAUAAGCCUAUGUAGUUUGCCUUUUCCCCAGCUCUAUAAUCCAUUUUAGGUUAGUAAAACAUACACAACCGGAAAGGCUGCUAUUAGGAUACAGCCCUGUUUUUUUUUAAAGUUCUAGUUUGAUAUUAAUUUCUGAUUAGUUAAUUAAUAACACCUGGAUUCCAUGGAGGACCUGGAUUUUCAUCCAAGUGGCCUGAGUAUUUCACUAACAGGUUGUGAUUUUUUUUCUCUUCCUCUUUGGGUAUUCAAAUAAUGUGCAAUUUCAUGUUUUAACACGGGAAACUGAAAGUGUUCCCAGGUAGCUUUAAAAACUAAAACAAACUUAAAUUGUGUUAUUUGGAUACGUUUACUGUUGCUUACUAGUCCUUUUCUAACUGGGAAAAUGGUGCUUCUGUUUGAGAAUUAAUUUGGAGAGGGAAAUACUAAACUGAAGCUCUAUAUCAGAACCAGUGUGUGUAUAAAGAAAAUCAUGUAUAAAAUGGGGUUAUCAUCCUUGUCUGAGAUAAGCAAUACCAAAUUCACCUUCCUCUCUCCAUCAGUUAACACCUAUCAUUUAUACUACCAAUAACUUGUUAAAUCAGGAUUUGGCUUCUUACACUGAAUUUUCAGUAUUUUAUCUCAAGUAACCAUAAACACUAACCUUGAUAGUAAUACAUUAGAAGUUUCCUAUUCUUUCAUUGUACAAUAAUGCCUUUAAUAUGAAAUGCUACAUUAUUUAUAAUUGGUAUAGUUAAUGUAUCUUUUAUAGUUGUAAGUAUGCAGAGGUGGUAUAUUUAACCUUCUGUAAUAUACUGUAUUUAGAAAUGGAAAUCUAUAUAAUGUUAGAUUUCACUUCUUUUAAGGUUUACCCCUGUGGUAUGGUUUAAAAAUCUAUCAGUGUGGGAAUUCUGAUCCUAACUGCAGAAUGUGUUCAACAAUGCAAUAACAAUAAAAUAAAAUUGGCUAUUUGAGAAA